ACAGCUGGUUUAGGGCCCCGAUCAUUGGGGCCCCUUGACAGGAGGAGGCUGCCUCCAGGCUGGGGAGGACAAGUCUGCUGUCACCUUUGACGGCCACCAGGAUCCCCUGGGACAGGCCACUUUCUGCCCUCUGUCCUUGGUCGAGUUCGGGCUCCCUCUUCAGAGCGAGAACGUGGACUCUUGAUGAUGUUGGACGUAGCCGCAGCAAUCGCCGGCAACGUGACUUCCAAGCUGGGUGCAGCCUGUGUUUGUUCUGUCUUGUGAACUCCAAGCUCCUUCUGGACCAGGAUUUCAAUCAUGUCUGUGAUGGUGGUGAGAAAGAAGGUGACGCGGAAAUGGGAGAAGCUCCCUGGCAGGAACACCUUCUGCUGUGAUGGCCGGGUCAUGAUGGCUCGACAGAAGGGCAUUUUCUACCUGACCCUCUUCCUCAUCCUGGGGACAUGCACACUCUUCUUUGCCUUUGAGUGCCGCUACCUGGCUGUCCAGCUGUCUCCUGCCAUCCCUGUGUUUGCUGUCCUGCUCUUCCUUUUCUCCAUGGCUACAUUGUUGCGGACCAGCUUUAGUGACCCAGGAGUGAUUCCUCGGGCCCUACCAGAUGAAGCAGCUUUCAUAGAAAUGGAGAUAGAAGCUACUAAUGGUACGGUCCCCCAAGGCCAACGACCACCACCUCGUAUCAAGAACUUCCAGAUAAAUAACCAGAUUGUGAAACUGAAAUACUGUUACACAUGCAAGAUCUUCCGGCCUCCCCGGGCCUCCCAUUGCAGCAUCUGUGACAACUGUGUGGAGCGCUUCGAUCAUCACUGCCCCUGGGUGGGGAAUUGUGUUGGAAAGAGGAACUACCGCUACUUCUACCUCUUCAUCCUUUCUCUCUCCCUCCUCACAAUCUACGUCUUUGCCUUCAACAUCGUCUAUGUGGCCCUCAAAUCGUUGAAAAUUGGCUUCCUGGAGACGUUGAAAGAAACUCCUGGCACUGUUCUGGAAGUACUCAUUUGCUUCUUCACACUCUGGUCUGUCGUGGGCCUGACUGGGUUUCACACUUUCCUCGUGGCUCUCAACCAGACAACCAAUGAAGAUAUCAAAGGUUCGUGGACAGGGAAGAAUCGUGUCCAGAAUCCCUACAGCCAUGGCAACAUCGUGAAGAACUGCUGUGAAGUUCUCUGUGGCCCCUUGCCCCCCAGUGUGCUGGACCGAAGGGGUAUUUUGCCACUGGAGGAAAGUGGAAGCCGGCCUCCCAGUACCCAAGAGACCAGUAGCAGCCUAUUGCCACAGAGCCCAGUCCCGACAGAACACCUGAGCUCUAAUGACAUGCCGGAGGAGAGCAGCACUCCUGAAGAGAUGCCGCCCCCAGAACCACCCGAGCCGCCCCAGGAGGUGGCGGAAGCUGAGAAGUAGUCUAUUUGUGGAAGAGACUUUUGUUUGUGUUUAAUUAGGGCUAUGAGAGAUUUAAGGGGAGAAGAUAAACCCGAGACAGAGAGCAAGUAAGCUCCCUUUUAUUGUUUUCCUUUGGUCUUUCUCCACCCAAUUGCACACUGGUCUGUUCUUGCUGCAAGCUUUUUUUUUACUCUUUUUUUAAUUUUGGUUUUUAAUCUCCUGGACUCAAGACAGUGGCAGAAGAUGCCAGCCAUCGCUGGUAAUUGGACACGUGGGUCUCCUGAGGCUGGCAAUGGGAGACCAUGGCUUCAGUCAGGGAGUUCCCGUGGACUGCCCUCUCAUCCUUCUAAACCCCAGCUCUCUUGCUCCGCACCAUUGAUCUGAUCCUGGGGUUGAAGGGUCCUGAGAUGGGCGAAAAUCCUUUCAAGCUGUCGCAUGUCAUGAGUCCAGAGGCAAUCACGGCUCCUCAGGGCCUUCAGAAUUGAAGAAGAUGAAGAGUGGGGUUGGAGGAGUCUCCCGGCUACUCAAGUGCCAACAUGGCCAGCUGAACCUAGGCAUGGGGCAGUUGUCUUCCACUUGUUGUAUUUACUCACGUAGCUACCCCUCUGUCCCGCUCCCACUCUCCCAGCUUCUCCCCUUCCCAAUUAGACGUCACUACAUAGUUGCAGUAGAGAGAACAAUUUACGUUCUCGUUGCUGCCUGGAACCGUUUAUUUAAGACCUGUGCCAUUCUCAGUAAGAAUCGACGAGAUGCCAAUGGCAUCGCCCCACCCACUCUCUGUCUUCUCUCUCUUCCAUUCUCAUUAGCCCCUUUAAAUGUUUUUAUCCUUUGGACUCUUGCUCCCCAUUAGGAGCUGUAAUGGCAGUAAUAAAAGUCUGCACUUGGGGGGUUUCGUGUCCUCAGAGGAAGCCCAAGUGCUCACUUAAAACACUACCCCCUCAGACGCCCUGUGUGAGGUCUGCAGAGGCCCAGAUGCACAACUGGGGAAACCAAGGCACAGAGAGGCUCUCCUCUCCUCUCCCCCUACGUCCCCUCAGAAAAGAAAAUAAUAAUAAUUAAAAAAGAUAACCAAUACUUCCAUUAAGCCUAGGCUGAGUGAGGAGGGAAAGCCCAGCACUGCUGCCCUCCCGGGUGACCCACUCCCAGGCCUCAGCCCGCGCCCGCGCCCGUGCCCGUGCCCACACCGAGCAGGCCACGGUGACCGCCCCGGCCUUCCUCCAAGCCCCGCCCCGCUCUUCCAGCCCUUCCACCGGCAGCGUCCCAGAGCCACUUCACCCUGGGGGUGGGCUGUGGCCCCCAUCAGCUCUGCUCAGGACCUGCUCUAUUUCAGGGAAGAAGAUUUAUGUAUUAUAUGUGGCUAUAUUUCCUAGAGCACCUGUGUUUUUCUCUUUCUAAGCCAGGGUCUUAUCUGGAUGACUUCUGGGGAGGGGGGAGGGGAGUGUACACCAGAACUUUUAAUCUAUUUAAAGGCGAUUAAACUGUGUCUAAUGCAAACUGCCUGCCUCCUCCUUCCCUCCCCUUCCAUGUCUAGA